UGAAAUCUGUGGUUAGUGGUACAUAGAUCCUUGGAUCCGAAAUCCAGAGGGGAAGGAAAGAAGACUUCUUUAUUCUCUACGUUCUUUGCUCUACAGUUCGACACUAACCUGAUUGUUCUUUUUAUUUCCAUAUUCUUACAACGUGAUUAAAGGACAGAUUAAUUUCAUGUGAGUACAGAAAUCUACAUAGGAAAAAAUGCCACAGAACGAAUAUAUUGAGAGGCACCGUAAGCUCUACGGUCGCCGUCUGGACUAUGAGGAGAGAAAGAGGAAGAGAGAGGCUCGUGCGCCUCAUAAACGAGCAGAGCAAGCCCGUAGUUUACGUGGUUUAAAGGCAAAGAUGUUUAAUAAGGAGCGACGCAACGAGAAGAUCCAGAUGAAGAAGAAGAUUAAAGCUCAUGAAGAGAAGAAAGUCAAGGAGAAGUCUGAUAAGCUGCCGGAAGGAGCGUUGCCUGUAUAUCUGCUGGAUCGCGAUGUGACAAAACGCGCGAAAGUGCUGUCGAAUAUGAUAAAGCAGAAACGCAAGGAGAAAGUUGGCAAAUGGGAUGUUCCGAUACCGAAAGUUAGAGCGCAAUCGGAAUCCGAAGUUUUCAAAGUAGUGAAAAGCGGGAAGUCGAAACGAAAAUCGUGGAAGCGGAUGGUCACCAAAGUGACCUUUGUCGGUGAGAAUUUUACGAGAAAACCUCCGAAAUUUGAAAGAUUCAUCAGACCGAUGGCACUGAGAUUCAAAACUGCACACGUCACUCAUCCUGAGCUCAAGGCGACCUUCUCCCUACCGAUUAUCGGCGUUAAGAAAAAUCCAAGCUCACCUAUGUAUACAAAUUUAGGUGUUAUCACUAAGGGAACUAUUAUUGAAGUGAAUAUCUCAGAAUUGGGUCUCGUAACGCAAUCGGGCAAAGUUGUGUGGGGAAAAUUCGCUCAGGUUACGAAUAAUCCCGAGAAUGAUGGAUGUAUCAAUGCCGUUUUGCUUGUAUAAACUUGUAUUGUAAUUUCUAA